CGCCGGGAACAACAAUAACAAACCUUCGCGAGAGACAGGAAUAAGACGAGUUAGAACACCAUAAGCGCCAUUUUCUCGUUUAUUUUGUGAAGGAAGAAUAAGAAGAAAGGAAGAAAGGAAACAGAAGAAUGCCUGAGCCUUUCUCUGAGCAUCUGGAAGCUCAGGCUAGCAUAAUCAUCCACCCAGGCUCGCGAUACCUCCGCCUGGGUCGUCCAUCCGACUCAGUGCCUCACACCGUCCUUCAUGCCAUCGCUCGCAAAAGGAAAAAGGGAUUGCCGGUGUAUAGUGACCCUUUCGUCAUCCCUCAGGCUAAGUUGGACAGAGAAGCCGUUCAAGAGCUGGAGGAAUGUCGUCUGAAGGUGAGCCAUAUCCUGCAGUCUUCCUUAAUGUCUGAUGGAUCGCGGAGAUUCGCCACACCGCCACAACAGAUUGCAGCGUACAAUAAGCGCUUGCAGCCUGCACAGGAGGAAACGGCUGAGCCUUCCCCACCGUGGGUCCACAGCGACAAGGACUUUAUUGUUGGUGAUGAGAUCCUUUCCCUCCAUCCUUCAGAGGAGUACAACAUCCACUUCCCCUUCGUCCGCGGAGACUUGAACAUUCACAAGAGCUUAGGGGGCUCGAUCAGUGCUGUUCUAGCUGACUUAGAGACGAUUUGGGGACACUGCAUCUCUAAUGUUCUCAAUGUGCCUAUCAAAGAUUUAAAGUUCUAUCGUGCGGUGCUCCUCAUUCCUGAUAUAUACAACCGGGACUAUGUCAAGAAACUCACCAACCUGCUCCUUAACGGCCUUGGCUUUGGUGGUUGCUUCGUCCUGCAGGAUCACGUAGCGGCAACUUUCGGUGCGGGUCUUGGCUAUGCCUGUGUGGUGGACGUUGGCGACCAGAAGACCUCUGUGUCGUGUGUGGAGGAUGCCAUCUCACACCCGGCUACCAGAUUGAGAAUAGACUAUGGGGGAGCAGACGUGACGCAGGUGUUCCACUGGCUGCUGAAGAAGAGUGGGUUUCCGCAUCAGGUCAACCCGGCCAACAAGCUCGAUGCCAUGCUGCUGAGCAAGUUGAAGCACGAGUUUUGUCAUGUCAAUCUGAAUGUGUGUGGUGCGCAGGAGAAGAAGUUCACUGUGCACACGCCCGGAAAAAUGCCCAUCUCCUACACCAUUCAGAUGGGCGACGAGCUGAUCGUGGCAGCCCUGAGCCUUUUCUACGCCGACUUGCUCAAGAUUACCGGGCCGAAGAUGAUGCACACACAGAAGCCCAAUAUGGGUGAUCCAGAUGACCCCUUCGAUGAGAACUACCUGCGAGAGACUAGUAGAAGAGGAGGGAGAGAAGCUGCGGAGGCCAUGGACGUGGGAGGGGGGGACGCAGGGGAUGGAGGAGAGGAGGACAUUGUGGUGGACGACCAGCCCCUUCCCCCGUCACAGAUUCCGUCCUCCUCGUCUGCGCGAAACGACUCCCUUGCCUUCAACUCGAAUGAGAAGCUACUGUCCCUUGAGCAGGCCAUUUUGACUAGCAUAGACAGAUGCCAAAGUGACGAGAUGAAGAGAAAGAUGUACAGCAGCAUCUUGAUGGUGGGAGGGGGAGCCAAGUUCGAGAGCCUCGGCAAGUGGCUGCAGAGCCGACUUUUGUUACAAAUUCCUGUUGCAUAUCGUCCAGAACAAAUCGAGAUUAUAACCCGUGCGAAAGACAUGGACCCGUGCAUGACGGCGUGGAAAGGCGCAGCGCUCAUGACCUGUCUGGAAGGGAGUAACGAGCUUUGGAUCCAGCAGGCGGAGUGGAACAAGCAUGGGGUGAAGAUCCUGAGGGAGAAGUGCCCGUUUAUAUGGUAGCCGAGGGUUGGACGGGCGGAUGUGCAAUGUGAGUG